AGUGCGGACAACGGCCGCUCAUGGAGAACAUCUGGGGAUUGCGGAUCCUAGGCGGCCACGACGCCCAGGCCGGAGCGUGGCCGUGGUCGGUCAGUCUCCAGCUUCACCAGGUCCACAUCUGCGGUGGAGUCCUGGUGAACGAGAACUCGGUCCUUAGUGCUGGCCACUGCGUUACCAGGAAGAACCCACGCUCCUGGAGAGCUGUUCUGGGCGCGCACAACCUUAGGAAACACGGCAAGCACGCAGUCACAAGGAGCAUCAGAAGCAUCACUGUGCACCCAGAGUUCAAGAGAGAGACAUUUGAAAACGACAUAGCACGGUUUGAGCUGGCUCCCGCGGUACGCUACAGCGACUACAUUCAGCCCAUCUGCCUCCCUCCCGCGCACCUUCACCCCCAGGCGCACAACGACACGGAAUGCUUCAUCAGCGGCUGGGGACAUACAGCCGAAAAAGGUAAAAUGUCGGCCGUGCUGAAAGAAGCACAAGUGGAAAUCAUUCCUUCUAGCGUCUGUAACAGCUCUGAUGCGUAUAGAGGCCUGGUUAACAACAACAUGAUUUGCGCUGGCUCUCCAUCAGGAGGCACCGAUACCUGCCAGGGAGACAGCGGUGGACCUUUAGCGUGCUAUCACCCCAGCACCAACAGAUACUAUCUCAUAGGGAUCGCGAGUUUUGGAGUUGGCUGCGGCCGACCGAAGUUUCCUGGGAUCUAUGUCCGUUUAUCUCAGUACAGAAGGUGGGUAACGUCCGAACUGCUGAGUAACAAGGCUGUGAAUCCCACCAGCGUUCUGCUUACCGUCCUGCUGGCCGUGACAUGCGUGGUACUGGCGUAG